GCUGUGCGGGCGCGCGCGCGCGUCAGUCGAGCGCCAGCCGCUGCGCGUGGAACAGGCCGUCUCUGCGUCGCUCCGCCGGCCGCCCGUGCCUCCUCUCGUCGAGAGCGCGUCGUGUGUGCGAACGUCAACUCUACCGGCUAACCCGACCAGGAUAACUAAAACGACAACGGGCAGGAUAUCCGAGUGCUACUGUGUGUGGUGUUUUCAAGCUGUCGGCGAGCUCGCACCGCAUCCCAAAAAGAAAUGCCGAGCGAUAUUGUGUAAAUUGUGCCGCUGUGGUGUGUUGUGGUUUGUGAGUGUGUGUGAUCCAAGUGAUAUUUAUGAUAAAGUGACGACGACACUGAAACUGAGUGUCGUGACAUAAAGUGCUCUCAACUCUACGAAAAGCACGGGGUCCAAACCCGUGCUGCAACACCCUCCCUUUUGGAUUACUCUUGGAAUAUAUUUCUCUCAUCGCGACACGGAUUACAACAGCGUCUUAUAUGGAGCGGUUACACCGGCGGUCGCGAUGCUGACGCGGCGGCGCGCCCGGGCGUGCCCCAGCCCCCGCCAAGGAGGCCCCCCCGAGCGCUAGCCGGCGCUAGCCGCCAUGGCCGGGGUCCGGGACCAGCUGCGGACCUGCACGCCGUCGUCGUCGGUCGCCGUCUUCGUCGCCGCCUUCUUCGCGCUGACGGGGGUCGUCGUGGGAGCCUGGGUCCAGGACGUGCCCGCCCGUCUAGUCAUCGGAUAUGGCCUUGAGGACGAGAUCCAGAUGUUCAAGGGCAACGAGUCCCAUAGAGACCACUUCAAGCUCCUCCAGCGGGAGGGGUCAGCGCUUCUCGUCGGAGCGAGGAACAUCGUCUACAACAUCAGUCUCCGGGACCUGAACGAGUUCUCAGAACAGGUAUGCCUUUUUACAAGAGCGUCAUCCGUCGAUACCUUUGAGAGGUUCAUCUAUCAGUAAGCCAAUAUGAACGCCGAUGAUACCAAACUCUUUCGUGUCAUUUCCAGCAAUUGCUGGGUCAACCCUUAACCUUAAGUCAUAUCCCCGGUGCUAGUAGUGCCACUGUGCCCUUCCUAGGCUGCCGUCGCCCUGCAGCAUGAGAGCUGGGCGGCGGAGUGGAAACUACUUACCCUCCUGUAAUUGAUACGAUUGACAUGUUGGCUCGUUGACAGCCCUGCGCGCUAAUUACCCGCCGGGUAAGGGGAGGGGGGCCAGUGGCGACGACGAACUGGAGAAAAACAAGUCACGGCCACGUCUGACUUUGGGUAACUAACGACGGGAGAGCUGAAGAAGAAGACGAAGAAGAAGAAGAAGAAGAAGAAGAAGAAGAAGAAGAAGAAGAAGAGAGCGUCUUGCUAUGAAAAAGGUGUCGCUAAAGUUCGAGUGAAAGCGUGAAAGCCACUGCCGAAAACUGAGGGGAUCUCGGAGCAGACACCCGAGACGUACACGCGGGCUGGGUCGCCUCUCUGACAAAUUAUAAGAUGGAAGAUAGGAGCUCCUGCGUGUUGAAGAGACGUUGAUUGUCUUUGUCAACAAAAGAUUAUGUUCACCAGCCCCAUCAACUACUUUGAUUAAUUCCAUUGACGUUAAGCAUGUCGUUAUGUGGUAAUAUUUGUUUUUGCGAGAGAUGCGGAUAAGUUUAGGUACAAACAUCUCGUUUGCAGACGCACAGGUGUUAUCGGGGCGGCCUAUUGUUGUGUGCGGCCCCAGUUUAUGUCGUCCAUUGUAAACUUGGACCUUAUCAGAGAGGCUGCAAGCGAUUAGUGUUAAAUCGACUAUAACUCUGUUUGGGCGGCGUCGUCGUGGUGAUGGAGAGCGAGAGCGAGUGAGAAAGAGUAACUCAGGGGUCAGUAGCCCUGAUAUCCGCUCGCCUCCAUGGCUGAUCUGCUGGUCCUAAUGCACCACAAUAGACCGCCACAAGCAGGUUGAGAUUGGGGGGAGGGGGAAGGCGGCCCCUGCCCCUCUUCUUCCUCCUUGGCAUCAUCCCAUUCCCCGCGAGGGAUAUUGGAGUCGAUUGGAGAUGACAUCUGUACCCACACCAUGUUUCCUCAUCCUGAGGAAGCGCUUCCCACUAGCGGCCCGGCUGGGGAGGGGCGGGGCCUGCCCGGGGCCUGCGGCGGGCACGUCGCCGAAUCGUUACCGAAUGUGUCGGGGACACAAUCUGGCCGUCCAUCUAUACGCCAUUUCUCCACGGUAAAAACGACGUCCCGGUUUUCAUGAUGAUUUGAAAAAACCAAUACUCUCAUAAUGCAAGAGAACGUCUUGUUUUUUCCAAACCGUCGUGAAAACCAGUACGCGUUUUUAUACCGUCUCCUGUUGAAGUCCUGGUGUCUAUCAGCCUAUCUAUCUAUCUAUCUAUCUAUCUAUCUAUCUAUCUAUAUCUGUGCCCUGUAAGGUUUUUUAAAUACUGAGUUUUUCCGUUGUUUCAAGAAAGGAUUCACUGUUUUACCCUUCCUGGCUGGGGUGUGUCCUUGUCCUACUGCACCCCUCCCCUUCACUAUACCUCUUUCUCUCUUUCACCUCAGGGACAAAAAUGCUAAGGUCGAUCUCGCGCGCUGGCGCUGCAAAUGUCAUCGGCAGUCCUAUGACGUGAAAGUUUGUUUUUGAAGGUGGGAAAUCGUUUUUGUUACAAAAUGAUGUAGAUAUUGUGUACAGAUGUAUACAAAUGUAUACAAUAGUAUACAAUUUUAUCCACUACAUGACGUAGUGUGACGGGUGUGGCCGGUGAAAUCGAUAUAGCUCUAUUGGCCAACAGAACUAUAAUUAUGGUGGCAGUUGUGGUGCUUCGAGUGAAAAGAAUUUCUCUUGAUGGGUACAGACAGAAAAGAAAAGAGCAAAAGUAGAAGUCGUCUUGUUCUUCUUACUGUCGAGCAGGCGGGCGCCUGCGGUGGAAAGCAACAAAGUCAAUCUCGGAUAUCGACGCCAAUGAAGAAUAUCGGGAAACUGUUGAGCCGAACUCCAAACCUGUUACGCAAGCCUAGCCCCCUCGCUGUAAUGGGUAUCAAUUUUAAGUUUUUCGUUGAUGGGGGUGCUCUGCCUUUCGCCUUCACCCACGCUUUGCACAGUGCCCAGAAAUUUAGUAUGAGCACAAGUUCUCCAAUUCUAUGAACUGUUCGGCUAUUUUGAAUGCCGAAUUCUGCAUGUUCUUCAAAUACUUUUCCAUUUUGAACAUAGUUUGGCAACUAACAGGCUCUGUAAACGCAGAUGUCUGAAUGUUGUUAACUUUUUCGAAACCAGGUUUACUGAUAUAUUGAAAUAACAGCAGGUCUUUAAAGUCUCGUUGUGCGUUUAUGUCGGGCAGUAGAGCAAUCGUACAAAAAUUCCCUCUCUUGGUAGUGUACCUUUUUUUUAUCGCUGCCGCCGGCGAGGCAGGCUCGCGGGCGUGCGUCCCGCCCGGGGCGCCAGUCCGGCAAUUUGUAACC